AUUAAAAUCUCCCAAUUCUGCCAUAACCUUCAACCCCCAACCCAUAUCUCGCAGACGCUACUAAUCCCCCACCUCAGCCGAUCCACCUCCAACCCCCACCACCGCACCCGGCUCUUCUCCUCCGCGUUUUACAGUCUAGAAGAUGGAACACGGCGACGAUGUCGGCGGCGAACACCAGGAGAAGCACGAUGAUGAGGGAAGACACGGCGACGAGGAAGCUGUUGCUCGUCUCGAGGAAAUUAAGAAAUCGGUUGAAGCAAAGAUGGCUCUGCGUCAAAGUAAUUUGAACCCCGACAGACCUGACACCGUCUUUCUCAGAACAUUGGAUCCCAGCAUCAAGCGCAACACAACUGUCAUUAAAAAAUUAAAGCAGAUCAAUGAAGAUCAGCGAGAAAGUAUAAUGGAUGAUUUGCGCAGUGUAAAUUUAAGCAAAUUUGUGAGCGAAGCAGUAACUGCUAUCUGUGAUGCAAAGCUUAAAGCUGCUGACAUACAACCUGCUGUACAGAUCUGUUCUUUGCUUCAUCAAAGAUACACAGACUUCUCGUCUAGUCUUGUUAAAGGUCUCCAAAAAGUUUUCAUUCCGGAUAAAUCUGCAGAAGAUUUGGAAGCAGAUAAUAAUUCAAGGGCUAUGAAGAAGAGGAGUACUUUGAAGCUUCUUUUGGAAUUAUACUUUGUUGGAGUUGUGGAAAAUUGUGCCAUCUUCACACAGAUCAUUAAGGAUCUAACUAGCGCAGAGCAUUUGAAGAACCGUGAUGCAACCCAGACAAAUUUGUCCCUUCUUGCUGGUUUUGCUCGACAAGGAAGGUUUCUUCUUGGACUCCCACUAACUGGACAAGAUAUUUAUGAAGAGUUUCUCAAGGGCCUUAAUAUCACGGCAGAUCAGAAAAAGUCAUUUCAUAAAGCAUUUCAAACAUACUAUGAUGCUGUCGUGGAACUUCUUCACGCUGAACAUAGUUCACUUCGCCAAAUGGAGCAUGAAAAUGCGAAGAUUCUGAAUGCCAAAGGUGAAUUAAGUGAGGAAAAUGCCUCUUCAUAUGAAAAGCUUCGGAAAUCGUACGACCAUCUAAGUCGUGGCAUCUCAUCUUUAGCAGAAGCUCUUGAUAUGCAACCUCCUGUGAUGCCAGAUGAUGGUCAUACAACCAGAGUCACAUCAGGGGAGAAUGCUUCAUCUCCUGUUGCAGGCAAGGAGUCUUCUGCUAUGGAAGCCCUGUGGGAUGAUGAAGAUACUAGAGCUUUCUAUGAAUGCCUUCCAGACCUUAGAGCAUUCGUUCCCGCUGUAUUGCUGGGAGAGGCAGAAACAAAGAAUGAGCAAUCUUCAAAGACACAAGAACUAAAUGAUGUCACUCCUGAAUCAGACAAAGUCCAGAUAGAUGCACAAGAAAAUACCGAGGUUUCGGCUGAUUCUGAAACUGUACAGCCGACUCACGAUAAAGAAGAAAAAGACAAAGAGAAGUCUAAAGAAUCUGACAAAGAAAAGGGAAAAGAGAAGGAUACUGAUAAAAGAGGAGAAAGUGAAAGGGAUAAAACUAAAGGUCUCGAUGGAACAAAUCUCGAAGCCUUGCUGCAUAGGCUUCCGACCUGUGUGAGCCGCGACCUGAUUGACCAACUGACAGUUGAAUUUUGCUAUUUGAAUUCAAAGUCCAGUAGGAAAAAGCUUGCGAGGGCUUUGUUCAAUGUUCCAAGGACAUCUCUGGAGCUGUUGCCAUACUACUCGCGCAUGGUUGCCACACUGUCAACUUGUAUGAAAGAUGUAUCAUCCAUGCUCUUGCAGUUGCUGGAGGAUGAAUUCAACAGUUUAACCAAUAAGAAGGAUCAAAUGAAUAUUGAAACAAAAAUCAGGAACAUUCGCUUUAUUGGGGAACUUUGCAAGUUUAAGAUUGCCCCUACUGGCAUGGUUUUCAGCUGUCUAAAGACUUGCUUAGAUGAUUUUAUGCACCAUAAUAUAGAUGUUGCUUGCAAUCUCCUUGAGACGUGUGGUCGUUUUCUCUAUCGGUCCCCUGAGACCACUAUACGCAUGUCAAACAUGUUGGACAUCCUGAUGCGCUUGAAAAAUGUAAAAAAUUUGGACCCUCGUCAGAGUACCUUGGUGGAAAAUGCUUAUUACCUGUGUAAACCACCAGAAAGAUCUGCACGAGUCUCCAAAGUUCGUCCUCCUCUGCAUCAGUAUAUUAGGAAGCUACUAUUCUCAGAUCUCGAUAAGUCUUCCAUCGAACAUGUUCUGCGACAGUUACGUAAGCUACCUUGGAAUGAAUGUGAGCCAUACCUUUUGAAGUGUUUUUUAAAGGUUCACAAGGGGAAAUAUGGUCAGAUUCAUUUGGUUGCAUCUCUUACUGCUGGUCUAAGUCGCUAUCAUGAUGACUUUGCAGUUGCUGUUGUAGAUGAGGUUUUGGAGGAAAUUAGACUGGGAUUAGAGCAGAAUAACUAUGCAAUGCAACAACAACGCAUUGCAUACAUGCGUUUCUUGGGGGAACUCUACAACUAUGAACUUGUAGAUUCAUCUGUUAUUUUUGAUACACUCUAUCUGAUUCUUUCUUUUGGCCAUGGGACAACAGAGCAAGACACAUUGGAUCCUCCAGAAGACUGUUUUCGUAUCAGAAUGGUUGUUACUCUUCUCGAAACCUGUGGGCAUUAUUUUGAUAGAGGUUCAUCAAAGAGGAAGCUUGAUCGCUUCUUGAUUCAUUUCCAAAGGUACAUACUGAGCAAAGGUGUUCUUCCCCUGGAUGUUGAGUUCGAUCUGCAGGACUUAUUUGUCGAGUUGAGACCAAACAUGAUCAGAUAUUCAUCAUUUGAAGAGGUUAAUGCUGCUCUAGUUGAACUCGAAGAGCUUGAGCGUAGAGUUUCAACAGAAAAGUCUCACAGUGAGAAGCACUCGGACUCAGAAAAACCUCCGAGGAGGAAGAAGAGUUCUAGCACUCUAUCUGCCAAUGGACGAACUCACACAAACGGCGUCGAGGGAAAUGGUGAAUUGCAUCAAAAUGUUGCUGGGGAGACGGAUAGUGAUUCUGGGAGUGGCACCAUUGACCGUAUUGACCGUGAUGAUGAUGAAACAGAUAGAGAGAAUCAAGACGAGGGCUGUGACAGCGAAGAUGAUUAUGAUGAUGGAGGUGGUGCCGCCUUUGAUGAAGAUGACGAGGUUCAUGUUAGGCAGAAGGUGGCGGAGGUUGACCCUCAGGAGAUGGCUGAUUUUGACCGAGAACUGCGGGCCCUAAUGCAGGAAAGCUUGGAUUCAAGAAAAUUGGAGUUACGCUCACGCCCAACUAUAAACAUGAUAAUACCAAUGAAUCUGUUUGAGGGCCCCACCAAGGAACACCACUCAAGAGUAAUGGAAGGUGAAAGUGGCGACGAUACAACAGAUGAAGGGAAUGGCGGAACUAAAGAAAUCCGCGUGAAGGUACUUGUCAAACGUGGUAAUAAGCAACAGACGAAGGAGAUGUACAUUCCCCGUGAUUGCUCUCUUGUCCAAAGCACUAAACAGAAAGAAGCAGCCGAGCUUGAAGAGAAGCAAGACAUUAAAAGGCUCGUCUUGGAAUACAACGAUAGAGAAGAGGAAGAACUGAAUGGAGGGGGGUCUCAGCCCUCAAGCUGGACUCAAAGUGGCGGCAGAGUCUCAAACACUCGGCCCACUUGGGAUGGACAGAGUAGGACUAGCGGUGGAUCACGACAUCGGCAUAUUUAUCAUUCGGGUGCUGGAAUCUACUACGGUAGGAGAAGAUAAUUUUUAUUUUUCCACAAGCAUUUACAAAAAAAAAAAGAAAAAGGAAGGAUUGCAAGAUUGUGGUAUUUGGUGAGUUUACAUAUUUACGAAGAAGUGCUCGUAAAAUGUUGUGUAGAGCUCUUAUUAUAGGACUUAUUGUUGUGUUCAUAUUUGUUGAUAGGUGAUGAAAACGUGGAAAUGUGUGUAGUUGUUUGUAGAAGGUAGACUUCUACUGAAUAGAGAUGUGUUUAACUUAGUUUUGUGUAAGAGAUACGUGGUGGUGAUUGUCCCGUAUUUGGUGUUUCUAGUCCGAGAAUGUAGUUUCUUACAUGCUCUGCCUAACUGGGUUAAAUUUCUUUUGACAUUUUCCUGGAGAGGUGGGAAGAUCCAAUGUCUAUUGCAUUAUUCUGCCCCAUAUUUUAUUUUUAUUUUUAAUUUCAAAUUAUGUUACAAAUUGCGGAAGUAGAGGAGGGACAGUAUUCGUACCC